AUGCGUAAAAUACUCUAUCAAUGCACCAAUUCAAAAAAACUCAUUUCCAAACAUCGUUUUAUUGAUGGAAUUUCAGAUUGUGUUGAGAAUGAUGAUGAAUUAUAUAACGCAAGUUAUGCACUCAAUCAUACGUAUCGUCGAUUAUGUCCCAACGAAAACAAAUGUUUGUCUCCAAUAUUGUCACAAUCUAGCUGUACUAUGUACACAACAAAUGAAGAUCGUAUUUUAUCAAUACCAUUUCAGAUGAUACGUAGCAAUAUCCCUCAAGUGAUUCCUUUACUUAUUGAUGGAAGAAUUGAAUCAGAUGAGACUGAUUAUGGUGAACAAUGGCUUUGUUCAAAUAUGUAUACCCGUUGUGAUCAUUCAUGGACAUGUGAGAAUAGAAGUGAUGAAACAGGAUGCUUUCAUUCAACAUGUUCUUCUUUCGAACAUGAUUGUGUUUCACCAAUUAACUUAACAAUGAUAUGUUUAUCAAUGAAUCGAACUAAUAAUGAUAUUAUCGAUUGUUUCGGUGCUACUGAUGAAAUGACCAUUUGUCGAGAUAAACAUCCAAAUCAAUUGCAAGGAUUUCAUUGUGCAAAUAGUGAUCAAUGUGUUUCAUGUUUAUCAAUAAGUUAUAAUCCAAUUGUUCAUUAUUUCAAAUUGGCAUCACCAUCUUCUACUACACAUAUGCAAAACAAACAAGAUGUUAUUUAUUCAAUAUUAAAUAGACCAGAAGAACCAUUUUGGGCUUUAAAAUGCAAUCGUGGACUUCGUCUACGUCAAUCGAUUGGUUUUAAUCAAUUUGUUCCAAUUUGUCUUUGCCCACCCUCUUACUACGGUGAUCAAUGUCAAUAUCAAAAUCAACGUGUUAGUCUUACAUUAAGUAUUUUAACAGAAGAUUUAAAUACAGAUUAUAUUUUACUUGUUAUGUUGAUUAACAAUGACAAAGAUAAACAAGAGAUUCAUACGUAUGAAGAGAUAAUUCAUAAAUCCCAAUAUGAUUGUCCUAUAAAAUACAAUAUUUAUCUUUUAUAUUCAUCACGACCUAAAGUCAUGUCAAAUAAUUACAGUAUACGAAUUGAUGUAUUUACUCGAAGAAGAAAUUCUAUUGAUUAUCAUGCUAGUUGGAAUUUACCCAUUCCAUUCAUCUUUUUGCUCGUUAGUCGAUUGGCCACUCAAGUUAAUAUAUCAACAAAGAAAAAUAAAUCGAUGAAAAAUUGUUCUCUCGACUGCGGUGAAGAUCACAAAUAUAUUUGCAAAAAUGGAGGAACAUGUAUUCCAAUUAAUGAUGAUAAUUCAAAUAAUAAUUUUCAAUGUAUUUGUACUGAACAUUGUACAGGUCCAACAUGUGAACAAUCAAGAAGCAAAUUGGAAAUUUCUCUGGGCGAUAUCGAUCAAUCUUCACACAUUUUUAUUCAUUUAAUUACUGUUAAUUCUAAAGCACAACCUACACGUACAACUAUUGUUAAAAAGAUAGGUAUUGAUCAACGUUUUCUUAGUCUUAGUUUAACAAUUGAAUUUCAUCUUGCAUUUGUUGAAGUAAAUAAUGAUUAUUAUUUAAUAUAUUCAUCAUUAAAUGGUAAUUUAUCAACUAUAAAAAAUAUUCAUUCAUCUGAUCGAAGUCCAUCUUAUGAAGAACUUUUUAAUUUAACAAUGAGAAAUUGCGCAUCCAUUACGACAUGUCAAAUAUUAUCAUGA